AAGGAGUGGACAGAUGAACGACUGACCUGGAAGCCAGAACUCUUUGGCAACGUGGACAACGUGAUCAUCAAGGCCGACAAAAUCUGGUUACCGGAACUUGCCCUCAUGAAUGGGUUGGUGGGUUCUUUCUUUGUGAUUGGGAAUUUCGAUCGCAUCCGUGUCCUCCUACACAGUGACGGCAGGAUCCACUGGGAGCCAGGUGGCAUCUUCAGGACGACCUGUGACAUCGACAUCGCCUACUUCCCUUUCGAUUCUCAAAACUGCCUACUGCUUAUAGGCUCCUACUCGUACUACAGCACGAAGAUGAACAUCACGAACGCCUCCUCCAGCAUAUCGACCCAGGACUUCCGGGCAAACGGGGAGUGGCAGAUCCACAGGACCUCCUCCGAGUGGAACAUCACCACUCUCAGCAACCACGCCGACGGGUACUCACACGUCGUCUUCACCUUGAACUUGAGGCGGAGGUUCAAGUUCUACAUAAUGAACAUCGUUCUGCCCUGCGUCAUGCUUAGCGUCCUCAUCAUGAUCGGCUUCUGUCUGCCGCCGGACGCCGGUGAAAAGAUCUCCCUGGGCAUCAGCGUCCUGUUGGCUUUCACAGUUUUCCUCCUGAUGAUCGCUGACACCAUCCCGAGAACAUCUCUCGCCAUCCCACUCAUUGUGACCUACCUCAUGGUGACCAUGACCUUGGGCACGCUGUCAAUCUGCAUGACUGUCCUCGUCCUGAAUGUGCACCACAGAAGCAAAAAAGAACCGCCGCCCCAGUGGCUCCUCAACAUCUUCCUCAACUACAUCUCGAAAAUCGUUUUCAUGCGCUUCCACGUCCUGCCGGUGAGGUGCAGAUGCGUGAAGUGUGCAGCGUGCUGCAGUAGUGACGACGAUGAUGAAGACGACGAGGUUGAUGACGAGGGAGGAAAUCAUUCGAGGAACAGUAGUGAGAAGAAGAAAGGAUGCCCCAUUUUCAAAUCGAGAACCGUUUUCAUGAAGAAGGACAAGACGCCUGGUCUCUUGUACUGCCAGCGAUAUUCAUUUGUUAAAAAGUAUUUACAUUUUAAUUUGGCUGAUUAA